AUGCUUGCACUGCCAGACUCAGAGAGCCCUAUCUGGUAACCUGGGAGACAUGGGACAAAUUCCUAGACCAUUUCCUACGUCUGGAACCGAAUCAGCAGAUUUACCCAAAGUCCAAACAAUCAAAAUAUCAGAAGGUGUUCAGGCUACUGAGACUCUUCAGCCUACUGUCCUUAAACCUACCACUGAAGAACAAAUAGUGGCAUCAAAAAUACAAUCUUUGGAAUCUGUUGUUGCUCCUCCUGCCUCUAUACAGACUACAGAUGCAACGCCCAUUGAAGCUGCUGACAAAACAGAUGAGUUGAAAUGUAUACCUACAGAACCUACAGUAAGAGAGGAGAAACUGACUACAGAAGAACUCAUACAGCAUGUAAGCUCUCAGGAAGCAGCGGCAAUCCAGAUAGAAUUAGAGACACCACCUACUGAAGUUGUCAUCACAACAAUUGAGUUAAAAAGUGAAAUCGCACAACCAUUGGUCAGGACAAAAGCUGAAGUAGACUUUCCAAACAUAAUGCAGCCCCCUACUGUUGAAGCAUCACUUGAAUUUAAGGAGACUUGUGAACUUACACCUAUGGCAGCAAAAUUGGCAGAAGAUUCUGUAUUUCCAGAUAAGCUUAUCCAAAAUGAAGAGUCUGUAAUUCAGUUAAAGAUUACUCCUACUACACCCUGUGAGCAUGAAGGCAUAGUACUGUCAUUAUCAGGGGACAAGACAAACAACUUGAAGGUGAAUGAUAAAAAGGACCCACAGGGAAAUAAUAUAUUUCCAGUUUCAACUGAAUCAUACAGUUCAUCUGAGGAAGAGCUUAAAGAGAUUCAGAGGGCUAGCGAAUCUCUUUUGAAGGAAACUGCAGCAGAACUUGCUCAUAUUAAAGGAAAAGUGUGUAGAAAGCAUUAUUCUGAUUCUGGAUAUGAAGAGUUCAUACAGACAGAGCUAAAGCAAACAAUUGCAGAUAAGGAUUUGCCACCAACUUAUCACCAAAGUUACAUUACAAAACAGAUCAGAAAAAAGGACUACCAGAUUCUGCAUGAAGUCAGUGAUGCAGACAGUGGAAGUAACGACCAUGAAGCUGAAAGGAUCGUAAAGAAACUUCAUGUGCCUGAAGAAAGUGCUGAUAGUUGCCUCUUGUCUCAAGAAGACCAAAUAAUGCAUGCCAGUCCGAUCUACAAAACAGUAAAAACAUUUAUCCUGAAUGAUAAUGAAAAGGAAGAAACCACAGACCUUAAGAGCACAAUAGCUGUUUCUGUAGAACAGAAUGUUCCUGUCAGUCAGAUUUCAGAAGAAGAGAGCUUAGCUGAAGAUAUGUCUAAAGAUGGUGGAUCUUCCAGUAUGCAAGUAUCCCAUGUCACAUCAGGAACUACAUCACCUACAUCACUGUCCUCACUUGGUGAAGAAAGUGAUAGCAGUCACAAGAAGGAUAGUUUAGAGGGAAAGCAGCAACGGAAAGUUAAGCAUAGGCAAGGUCAACCCCUUCAAAUUAUAGUAGACUCCUCUGAGGAGGAAGAGAUCCUGGAGGAAGGAGAUCAACUUAUAGAACAGGAAAUACAGAGGGAAAGUGAUCAAAGACAAUUCAAAAUGUCUUACAAGAUAUUACAUAAAGAAAAAGAUCCAUUUCUAGAUCAUCCACCAAAUUAUCACUCUCAGAUAGAGUGUAUAUCUCAAACUGAUGAAGUAUUGCAGGUUUCAGAAAUAAACACAUAUGAGACAAUUUCUUACUCUAACAUAUCACCAAGAACAGAGUCAGAACAAGAAAAUGUUGUUAGCCCCCGACUGCCACCAAUGGAUUUAUUGCAUGAUGUUGGAGAGAAACAAUUAAAGAGUGCAGAUGAGGCAUAUGAAGAAAUGAUGCAGAAAGCCCAAGAACUUAAAGCUAUGACAAAGAAAAUCACUCCACCUGAUAUUGAGCCACUGUAUGGAGGCAUGCUGAUAGAGGACUAUGUUUAUGAGUCACUAGUGGAGCAACCAGCUCAGGCUAUAGCAGCUGAUCAUAAUACUACUGUAGAUGAGUACUUGACUAAUUUGUCUGUUACAGAAACAGUAAGAAAGCUUAGAACACCAGAGGAAGCCUAUGAGGAGAUGCAGAAAAAUAGAGAACUCAUGCUAAAAGAUCAAACAAUUGAACAUGCAUAUGUAAACAAGCCUGACACUGACACUUGUUAUGUGAAUAUAUCAGAACAUUAUGAGUUUACAAAACACCAAGAUGAAAAUUGGCAGUGGUAUGCCGAAACCACAAAUGAUGAACUGCUGAAUAGGGAAAAAGACAUUAUGACACCAGGAACAAGUCCUACACAAUCAACUCCAACUCCUCUAUCACCAGUAUCACCUUUGUCUUUGUCUGAGCCUUUACAUGAUUCUACUGAAGUAAUACAAAUUCCCUCAAGUGGGGAAGAGGAUAAUGACAAGGAUGAAUUUGUAACUGAACCUGUUGAGUGUACUAUGGAGCCUUACAGGGCUGGGUCAACAUCUCCACAAGAUCAGCCUCUUAAAAAUGUUCUCUAUCCUAUUCCUGACCUGAAAAUUACUCAGUGUUCAUCUGGUGAAGAGGAGGCUGAGGAUGAAAGCAUCACACAAGAGUAUGAAAUAGUUAUGUUAAAUGGUAUUGCUCAGUGUGAUGACAAAUCAGAGGGAGCUUCUGAAUUCAAAGAAUAUUCUGUAGAGGCACAGUCAAUAGAGUCUGAGCCCACGUCUGUUGUGUCUGAAGUUCCACUAUCAAAAUUAACAUUUGAACAUGUGUCACUUGCUUCUGCUUGGGAUUCACAAGCAUCUGCUCUGUCUCCACCAAUUACGUCCUUAGAUUUAACAUCAUUUUCUUCAUGCCUUAUAGAUCAAACUGCAGGGCAAGCCUCCAUUCAACCAAAAAACUAUGUUGCUGAAAGUUCAAAAACUCUUGGAGCUGAUUCUGCACAAGUUAUAAUUUCAAUGGAAGACUUCGUAUCAAGACCAGCACUUCAACAUUUAGUGCAACCUACUCCUUUAAUUGACAUUUCAAUGGAAGCAAUUAUAUGCCCCUCCCAAAUUGCUGCAUCUAAUCAACAAACCAUAAAAGUCUCAACAGCUCCUGUUCCAGCUCCAAGUCUACCUGGGAUGUCUGCCACUAAACCACCACUAGUUCCAAAGCCAAUACUAGUUUCUUCCCCAGUAGAUAAUGUUUCUGAAUCAUCAGUGACUCCAGAACCAACCCAAUCUCCUAAUACAGCUGAUGUUUCAAUUUCAAAACCACCACUAGCUCCAAAACCAGUUUUCACUUCAAAACCUACCUUGGAUGCAAGUAUUGUUAGAAUACAAGAUGGAGUAUCACAGCCUGAUUCAGUUUUACAGAGUACACCUUCAAAAACAAUUCUAGAACCAACAAAUAUUGAAGAUUAUUCUACCAUUAUGUCAACAUCUACAGUAACUUCAGUGUCCACACAUGAGCAAAUUACAGUUUCUGUUUCAAGUCAAGCAAUGAGUCCAACCUCAGUAUUAGCUACAGUGUCUUUCAUUCCAGAUUCGGCAACUGCACCAGCUUAUGUGCCACAAGCCCCAAUUCCAUGUGUAGCUUCAACUCCUUUUGUGCCUGAUGUUCUGUUUCCUAUAUCAGAGUGCCCAAAUCAAGUACCAUCCUUAGAUCCCACUCCUAGAUAUUCUGGAAGAGAACAUACAUUUCCUGCCAUUGUUCCAGAGCCUGUUCCAUUUAUUGUUGAAAUGCCAGACCUAAUGUCUUCACCUUCAAAGUAUCCAAUUCAUAGUACAGCUUUAAUAUCUACUCUAGCACACACUCCAGCUUUAACCAGUACUUCAACCAUAGAUAAAGGCCAUAUUUCUGCCCCGAAUGCAAUAUCAACAUGCUGCUCCACAGACACUCUCUCUACAGUCCAGAGCAUAUCUGUUGCACCAUGUGUUCCUUCCUUAUCUGUGGAACAGAGCUAUUUUUGUUCAACCAUUUCACAGCCAACAAAACCAAGUGUUCUAGUCGAUUCAUAUAUGACAGCUAUGACCCCAGUUAUUAAAAUUCCCAUUUCCUAUGUAGAUGCAGACAAAUCACUUGUGGAAGCAACAGCAGCCCAUGAACUCCCUGCUGCAGUUUCACAAACCUUCCAGUCUGUAGAACAUUCUGCCACAAAGGUUUUUCCAAUCAUAAAUACAACUGUAGACUUUGUCACUUUGUCUUCUCUACCAACUCAGUCUAUAGGAGUGGACACAAAGCCAAAUACAGGAAAUGUUCAACUUGUAGUACAUGGCUCUCAGACUGUGACUCCUGCUCUGCAGACAGGACAAGGUACUGCUAUCAUUGUGCCAAGUGUUGAAAAUAUACAUAUGAUAAAACAAGAAACACAGGAUAUCAUUACUAAUACACCCACCUCCAUUCAACAAGCUAGAAGUCCACCUGUUAUUGUGAGUGUAUCCACUGUUAUCAGUUCAGAUGCUUCUCCUCUUGUGGCACUGAAAGCUAGCUUGUCUAGUGACUUACCUUUUGUGUCAACACAACUUGAACCUCAAGUGGCAACAGUCUCCAGAGAAAGAGCAGAUAACCCAGUCAUUGAAUUUCCACCACCACCUGCAGCUACACCACCAGCUCUACCACCUGAUAGUUUACUUAAUACACAUUUUAACCAACAAUCAAUGGUACCCACUACUACUGAGUCUGUCAAAAGUAUAGCCAGCCAAGCACCUAGGGCAUCAGUGAAACAAGUUGCAACCACCAUACACAAAUCACCUCCCCCAGUACCACCUAAACCAUUUUGUCUACAAGGUGGCCUGGUGUUCAGUCACAAAUCAAGAGAAAGUGUAAAACCAUCAGUAAUUCCUGAAGCUGCAGUUGCCAAAGUUGGCCAUGCUGCAACUUUACCAAGAACAAGAGAACCUCCUAAGGCCCUUGCAUUGUCCUUGACUGCCCCUGCUGAUAUCAAACACAGUAUUUCAUCUCCAAAAUCUCCCUUGUCACCUAGAUUUGCAAAAACUCUUGAGACAUAUGUAGUUAUAACAUUGCCAUCGGAACCAGGUUCACCAGUGGAAGGUGUUACAACCCAAGCUCCAAUACGUAGACCAUCUCUACCUUCUCCUAAGCAGCAGGGUCUUGUUAGUGUAUCAACAAUGUUUACUCCACCUGUGGUGUGUGCAUCAAUGGCUGUGAUUUCACAACCUGGAGUAGCUACCCCACCAAAAGUAAUAUCUGCCCCUGUUUUAACAGCACCAAUUAUUCCAGGACAAACUGGGUAUUCGGCACCAGAUGUUACAAGUAAGACAGCAAUACAUAGUGCAUCUACUAUGAUUUCAACAACUGAUGUGACAGUUGCCCCAGCAUCAAGUGCAGUUUUAGCACCACAUUCAGUAGCACCAAGCCUUGCCUUUGUGCCCCAAACAGAAACAGAUGUACUACCCAUUAGCAUUUAUGAGGAAAAAACUAUUUACUGUGUACCACCUGUGACCACAACAGUAUAUCCUUUACCAACAAUAGUUUCCAUGCCCACUAUAACAUCACCAGUUCUGGCUGAAAUUCCAGACUUUACUACAGAACCAAAAAUAAAUACUGUGUCUACAGUGUUCUUGGCACCAGCAUCAAGUGUGGUUUCAGUACCAUGUUCAGUAGGACCAAGCCUCGCUUUUGUGCCCCAAAUAGAGACAGAUACAGUAGUACCAAUCAAAAAUGAAAUUUAUGAGGGAAAAUCCAUUUACUUUUCAUCACCUGAGAACACAACAGUAUAUCCUGCAGAAACAGUGGUUUCUGUAACAUCACCAGAUACAUUGCUUGCAGUAUCAGCUGUGGCUGAAAUUCCAGACAUGUCCAUAGAACCAGAAACAAAUAAUCUGUCAACAGUGAUCUCAGCUACAGAAGUGUGUGCCACUCAUAUGUCAGCCCCACAAACCAAUUCUCAGUCAGUGGUACCGGCAUCACUACUAAUACAAGAAAUACCUGUAGAGUUGACACCAGCAGCUUUUACAGUAGGUAUUACUCCAACAUCACCAAGGGAACCUUUAGCGUCACAUGAUGUCAUACAAGGGCUUGAGAGGCAAAUGAUUCAAACAGUUUAUUCUGCUCCUAUGCCCAAUGUCCCAUUGUCCACAGAUAAUCUGUUGGAAAUGGAAGAAGAGGCUAAAUCCAGAAAACGUCCAUCCUCUGACCAGAUUCAACCACACCAAAUUUUGUUUGAUUCACAAAAAAUGGUUCCAUCAGCAUCUGCAUCAACAUAUAUACCAACUGCACCAGUAGCAUUUGCUCAAUUCAAAAAAUCAGUUGAGAGUCAAGAACUAAGAGGAACUGAUAAAGUCUUGUCUAGCAUGAGCCAACUGUACUCUACACUUGCAACAACCGAACAGCACCAAUAUGCAUUACCUAAUCUUUUGGCACAAGUUGUCAAAACUGAAGUCCAGAGAACUACUACAGUAUCAGUUGUUCAAGAAAGAAUACCUCUAGAACCUAUUUCAGAUCCUACAUGCAAACAAGCAACACCUAAACAAAGUGGAAAAACACGUUGCAUUGACGAUGUUAUAGAUCUCACAACAUUAAAGGUCAGUGUUUCAAUGACUGACAAGGGAAUGGAUCUGACAGCCCCUGAGUCAAAUCUGCAGUCUUUCUCAAAUGAUUCAAGUAGUCGACAGAUAACUGCUGUGCAUCCAGAGAUUGUAAACCUAAGUGCUGAGAUAACUCCUGCUACAACACUCUCUGUUGUGACAGACAGUAUCAGUGUUGUUACCUGCACUGCAACAUUCACAUACAACAACAACAUUACAGUUGACACUCCCCCCAAUUUACAAAGUGUUACUUCAAUGCCUUUGCCACUUAAAACAUACAAACCAUUUGAACCCCUGGCACAAAUUGUUUACAGACCAGUGAAUUCACAAACAAAACCAAUAACCAAUUCAGAGAUCCCCAUAAACCUAUCAUGCGGGCCUGCUGAAACCACAGAUCCUUCAUAUUUACCUAUCACAAUGGCCCCAAUAAUCUGCACACCUUCCAGUGUACCUAUUCAUGGUGAGCCUUCUACAAUUGGAGCUAUUGAUCUCACAAUAUCAAAGCCAAAGAGAACUAUGUUGGCUCUUGCUGCAUCCACUGGGGUGGUUACAAGUGUUGUUGAAGAUGUGGCACCUGUAGAUCUGACUGCAGGGAGGCGAACAGUGUGUUGUGACAUCCUCUAUAGACUUCCAUUCACAGGAAGCUGCAGAACACAGCCUCCAGUUCCCACAACAGAUGAACAGCUUGCCUUAAGUAAUUAUAAUCAACAUAAUGCCCCAACCCUACGACUCGAAGAUCUCAGCAAUAUAAAAACAUUAGGGUUUGGCAGUAAUUUUACACAAACCGAUUUGGUCACAAAAAAUGGAUUUGUCAGCCAAAAUGAUGCAUCAGAUGGGGCAAUCGAUUUGACAUCAGCAAAAAUAUCAAGAGAUGAAGCCCUGGACUACUCAAAGAAAGGCACAGUGUCAUUUUCUGGGGUAACCACCACUCCCUCUUCCAAAGGAAUAUCCUCAGGAAUUAAAGGUGUACUAAGAUCAUCAAGUGGAGUUGUGUACUCAUCUGUUGUUCCACCAAUUCCAUCCACAUUUGCAAUUACCACUCAGCCAGGCUCAAUAUUCAGUACAACAUGUAACAGUCUCACCACUAUAACAGAGCCAUUUUCAACACAGAUCCAGGCUUCACCAUAUGAUCUAAUGAAUUCCACUGAAUGUAACCAAUCAAUAUUCUUAGAAACUGGUCCAUCCAAGGAUAUAUUGCCUUCUGCCUUUGCCAACCUACUUCCCUCAAUAUCAGCCUUCCCAGAACUAUACUCUGAUGCUACUCUUGAGGUCAUUGCAGCCUCUCUGGAUGCCCUUGUCUCCCCAAAUUUCCCUACCUUUGAUGACAGCAAAAGUCAGCAGUACCAAGCUGAACAUGAGUUUUUGCAAUUAGAGAAACUGAAGCAGCUGUGCCUGGCUGAGGAGCUUGAAUGGGAGAGACAGGAGAUACAACGUUAUCGUGAGCAGGAACAACUAAUUGUUCAAAAGGAAUUAGAGGAACUGCAGAGCAUAAAACAACAACUCCUGAUGCAGCAAGAACAGGAACGCAAGGCCCAUUUCAUUCUUCAACAGGAGACCUUUGCCCAGCAGCAACUACAGCUUGGGCAAAUCAAACUUCUACAGCAGCAACUCCAGCAACAGUUAAAGGAACAAAACAUAUAUCCAUAUGGAUUUGAUGGCAUAUCUCAAACCAAUAGUUCAGGUGUUAUCUUGGAUUCCCAGUAUGGCAGAGGAGAUGAUGGGCAGUACUGGCCAGUGAAGGAUGACAACACAUUAUCAAAAGUCACUGUCUCAUCAGUUAGCCAAGAUUGGCACACUGUUCCAUCUGUUGAUUUAAUACAGCAUAGUUUGAACAUACCUAAAUCAGAAGAUGAUCUUAAAGAAACAGAGGAACAAAAACAGGAUUCAGAGAAGCUGCCUGCCAUAACCAAGCAAGUCACUGGUCAGAAUGUAGGGUUAAGUAGUAAGAAAAUAACUAGUAAUUGUGUUCAAACAGAUGAGGAGGAAGGAUUGGAAAGACCUUACCCUGGGAGGAGAAGAAAAAGUAGGAAAAGUGUAGACAGCUGUGUGCAAACUGAUGAUGAAGAUCAGGAUGAAUGGGAUGUCCCUGCUAGAAGCAGGCGCAGGUCUCGCUCUAGCAGAUAUGCAGAUGGAGAAAGGCUUAAAGGCUCCAAAGUAUCCAGCAUUGCAAUCCAAACUGUGGCCGAGAUCUCAGUUCAGACAGAUCACUCUGGAACUCUAAAGAGGUCACCUGUGCGAGCACAAGUAGAUGCUACAUUUGACCUGCACAGAGGAGGAGAAAUAGAGAGUGACUCAGAUUUUACAUCUGACAAAGAUAAGAAACAUUUAUCUCCCAUCGAAGUUGGUGUCAACACUCAUCUAAAAGCAGAUGGUAUUAGCAUCGCUUCAGUACCCAAAUCUCCAAAGGUAUUGUACUCCCCAGUCUCACCUGUGUCCCCUGGAAAGGGCACUCAGAAAACGCUAACAGCCGAACCACCAAGACACCUAAGUAGCCCAAGAUCAUUGAAGGCCUCGCAGCGAUCACUGUCUGAUCCCAAGUCUCUGAGUCCCACAACUGAUGACAGAAUCAUGUACCAGUACUCAGAUGCCUGUUCAAGCAAAGGUUCACAGAGCAGUACUCCAGUGGGCUCCCACAAGAAAAUAAAGCGUACCCUUCCUCAUCCACCACCAGAUGAGGACACUGUUGUUGGCCCCUUGGGAUACAGUACUGGUUCAUCCCGAAGAAGAAUGUGUAGAAAUACUACCAUGGCUAGAGCAAAAAUCCUGCAAGAUAUUGACAAAGAGUUAGAUUUGGUUGAGAGAGAGUCUUCCAAACUCCGCAAGAAGCAAGCAGAACUGGAUGAGGAAGAGAAAGAGAUAGAUGCCAAGCUGCGGUAUCUUGAAAUGGGUAUCAAUAGAAGGAAAGAGGCUUUAUUAAAAGAAAGGGAAAAGAGAGAGAGGGCAUAUUUACAAGGGGUGGCAGAGGAGCGUGACUAUAUGUCUGAUAGUGAGGUUAGUAACACCAGAGAGACACGGGGUAAUGCUCAUGGACUGGAACGACCAAGAACUGCCCCUCAGUCAGAAUUUAACCAGUUCAUUCCACCACAGACUGAAGCUGAAUCUCAGUAUGCACAACUUGCAUACUCUCAUUAUCAGUAUGCCUCCCAAAGUGAUUCCCCAAGUCACUAUUCCCAGCAAACUCUUUACCAACAGCCAUCACUUUAUCAUCAACAGGUGUCUCCCUAUCAGACCCAGUCAAUAUACUCUUCAGUGCCCACACUUAGCCAGCAAUCACAACAAACAGGUUAUGACCAUGCCUCCCAACUCCUUCUAAUGCAACAAAAAACCCGGCAAACUAACUUGUCUGACUUGGAGCCAAAAAUAACAACUAAUUAUGAGGUUAUAAGAAAUCAGCCUCUCCUACUUGUUCCCACAUCUACAGAGAGUGCCUAUGGGGUCUCACAUCUUGCAAGUAAAUACAGUAACCUAGAUCUGAGAAUUGGGCUUGAGGAAAGAGGCAGUAUAGCCAGCAGUCCCAUGUCCAGUAUUUCAGCAGAGUCCUUCUAUGCGGACAUUGACCAUCACAAUGUCAGAAACUAUGUUAUGAUUGAUGACAUAGGUGAGCUUACCAAGGGGUCUAGAGGCUUGGGCUCCAGCUUCAAUGUUCCUGAUAAGGAUAUCAGCAAAAGUGAUCGGCUACUUCGGGUUGCUGAUGUUCGUCGAACAACAGAUGUGACUGACUUCAUUGGGCCGCUACAGGCUACCUCAAGAUUACAUUCAUAUGGUAAGCCAGAGGAGGACUCAAUGGAGGACCCAUACGAGUUAAAGUUGCUAAAACAGCAAAUCAAGCAAGAGUUCCGCAGGGGCACAGACAGUCUGGAGCAACUCACAAGUCUUCCUCACUACCUGCACACUGACAGUUUUAGACAUUUUCCAAAAUCUGAAAAAUAUAGUAUUGGAAGACUUACACUAGAAAAGCAAGCUGCUAAACAGCUUUCAGCCUCAGUCCUUUACCAGAAACAGUUAAAGAAUAAAAGAACACUAAUUGAUCCCAAAAUUACAAAGUUUUCACCUAUACAAGAGAGCCGGGACCUGGAACCUGAUUACAGCAGUUUUUUAUCUUCUACUGGCUCAGCAAUGGGAGGACUGUCCAGCAGAGCAAGGCUGCUUCAGGAUGAAAUAACUUUUGGCCUGAGGAAGAACCUAGCUGAGCAGCAGAAAUACCUCGGCUCUACACUUAGCACCAACCUGGCUCAAUCACUGAAUCUUGGUCAUUCUCUCAAUCUUGGCCCAAACUUGAGAUCAUCCCUCACGGAUGAUGGCACUUAUCCCAGUGGUACACGGUCCAGACCUUCUUCAAGGCCUUCCUCUGUAUAUGGACUUGACUUAUCCAUCAAAAGAGACCUUUCCAGCUCUUCACUAAGGUUAAAGUCAGAGGGUGAAGGCAUAGAUUCUCAAUUUGGAAUAGCAAGGGUAAAACCAACAAGUUUACCUAUCAGCCAAAGCAGGGGCCGCAUUCCCAUUGUAGCACAGAACUCAGAAGAAGAGAGCCCGCUGAGCCCGGUUGGACAACCCAUGGGUAUGGCAAGGGCAUCUGCAGGUCCACUACCACCUAUCUCUGCUGAUUCUCGGGACCAGUUCGGUUCCAGUCAUUCUCUGCCAGAAGUACAGCAACAUAUGAGAGAAGAAUCACGAACACGUGGCUAUGAUAGGGAUAUAGCCUUCAUUAUGGAUGACCUACAGGGAGCUAUGUCAGACAGUGAAGGAGGUCCUAGCUGGAAAGUACAAGCCUACCACCUGCAGCAUGAAGAGACUGACUGGUUUGAUAAACCACGUGAGGGACACAGUGGAUCAAAGCCAGGACAGGAUAAAAGACAGGUGAAAGCUAUGCAUUACCCUUUCCCCCACACUCGCAUUAAACUACAGAGAGACCCUAAGGACCACAGUGUAUCAGGGGGUGGUUUUGGCAUACGAGUGGUGGGAGGGAAGGAGAUUCCAGGUACAAAUGGAGAGAUUGGAGCAUACAUUGCUAACUUGACACCUGCAGGCACUGCUGAGCUGUCAGGAAAGGUUCUAGAAGGAAUGCAGGUCCUGGAGUGGAAUGGAAUCCCUCUUAUGGGAAAAACCUAUGAGGAAGUACAGAGCAUUGUGGGUCAGCAGAUUGGGGAGGUAGAGAUAUGUUUGCGCUUAGAUCUGAAUAUGCGGUCAGACUCAGACAGUCCCAAGUAUUUAGAGCUACAGUCUCAGCUAAAAGUUGCUGAGCACCAACGUUCUCCGGGUGUCGAUCCUAAGCAGUUGGCUGCGGAGCUGCAGAAGGUCUCUCAGCAGCAGGCUCCUUCCUCUGUGCUGACUGUGCUGGAGAAGGCAGGCCAUCUUCACUCAGCAACAGCUUCCACUGCCUCCAGUGGAGUCCCCAGUCCUGGACAGCCUGGCUCUCCCUCGGUCAGCAAGAAGCGUCACAACAAGUCAGGUGAUGGGGUGAAACCACAACCACAUCCCAUCACUGGUGAAAUACAACUACAAAUCAAUUAUGACAAGAAUAUGGGUAACCUGAUCGUCCACGUUCUACAAGCCCGAAACCUUGCACCAAGAGACAACAAUGGAUAUUCAGACCCUUUUGUUAAAGUGUAUCUCCUGCCAGGAAGAGGACAAGUCAUGGUUGUCCAGAACGCAAGUGCUGAAAAUAAGAGAAGAACUAAAUAUGUGCAGAAGACCCAGAACCCUGAGUGGAACCAGACUGUCAUCUAUAAAAACAUUCACCUCGAGCAGCUGAAGAGGAAAACCCUUGAAGUGACAGUAUGGGACUAUGCCAAAUAUUCCUCCAACGACUUCUUGGGAGAAGUGCUCAUAGAUCUGUCUAACACUGCUCAGUUGGACAACAUGCCUCGCUGGCACCCCCUAAAGGAACAGAGUGAAAGUAUCCACCAUAGUAGAGGACAUCCACCACAUGGAGGAGUUGGAGGAUCAGGUGGCCAAGGAGGCCAUGGAGGUCCUGGAGGCCCUGGUGGAUCAGGUGGACCUGGGGGCACAGGAGGCCAACCUAGUAGCGAACAAUCCCCCAAAACCUCUGUCAUCAAGAGCAGAAGCCAUGGCAUCUUCCCUGACCCUGCUAAAGAUACUCAGGUCCCCACUAUUGAGAAAUCCCAUAGUAGCCCAGGCAGCUCAAAAUCCUCGUCUGAGAGUCAUCUGCGUUCACAUGGCCCCUCUCGGAGUCAGAGCAAGAGCAGUGUUACUCAGGCUCACCUCGAGGAUGCUGGGAACGCCAUUGCUGCUGCCGAGGCCGCAGUGCAGCAAGCCCGCCUCCAGCCAAACAGAGUAGGACACAUACUGAAUGAUGGAGAUGGAUACACCCUGGACAGUGAGGAUGGCACAGGCACUAAUGCAGUGGACAGUGCUAUCUUUCAGGUGCCUCAGCUGAAGACGAUUCCUAAUGGUUUGGAUUUGAGAGGCUCAGACUCUCUGAAGAAUCUGCAUGACUCUGAAAAUAAGAACCAUAUGAUUGGAGAGAUCAAGGUUGCACUGAAGAAAGAGAUGAAGACUGAAGGAGAACAGCUGGUUCUUGAGAUUCUUCAGUGCAGGAACAUUACUUACAAGUUCAAAUCUCCAGAUCAUCUGCCUGAUUUGUAUGUGAAGCUCUAUGUGGUUAACGUGGCCACACAAAAGCGGAUCAUAAAGAAAAAGACGAGAGUGUGCCGCCAUGACCGAGAGCCCUCCUUCAAUGAGACUUUCCGCUUCAGUCUCAACCCAGCCGGUCACUCCAUUCAGCUGUUCCUGGUGUCUAAUGGAGGGAAGUUUGUGAAGAAGACACUGAUUGGUGAAGCUUACAUCUGGUUGGACAAAGUGGACAUGCGGAAGCGAGCAGUGAGCUGGCACAAAUUAGUGGCCAGUUCUCCUCAUAUGCAGCCCUGAUCCGUACCAACCAGUGCAGAAAUAAGUGACUGUGAUUGAAAAAAUUAAGACAGUGGCAUUUCAGUAAUAACUGUGUCCUGAUCAAACCUUAUUGACAAGUACAUAGUAAACUUUAUUGAAAUUCUGACCCUCACUCAAUAGGUUUAAAAGCUUUCUUAGCUGUUGCAAUUAAUGUACAGUGUUUAUAUGUAAGUGGAUGAAAGCAAAUUAAGCAAAAAAAUAUAUACAGAGAAAUCAGUAGCAAAAUUUCUGAUCUUUCAGAAAAUAUAACCACCUCGUUCCCUCUCAGUCCACUGUAUAGUUUAUAUGAUUAAAUUUAUCAUAUCAGAUUAUGUUAUGUACAUACUGAGAAAAUAAAAUAAAAAAUAGUUCCGAUUUUUUUAUGUGAUAAAUACAGUAUGAACCUUCAGAAUAGCUUGAUUAAGCACACAUGCUCAAUGAUGCUCAGUCUCUACUGUCUUAUUCGGUGUCACAACAAUAUUUUGUUAAACUUUUCAUCUGAAUAUAAGAUUUUUAUGUAGCAUUUCAUUGGUCUGUGGAUAAAUGUGGUAUCAGAGGUUGUAUCACUUUGACUUCAUUCCUUCUAGAGGCUGCAGUGGUGGUAAAAGAACCUCUGCUAGUUUUAUUUCAUAUUCCAUACACAUGUGUAGACCAUGCACUAUGUUCUUGAAAGAGCCUUAAGUGCUCUGAAAAGUCAUAGUAACAACUACAUUGAAUCAAUACAAAUAAUGAUUGUAUGUGUUUGUAUUUAUUUGAAAGCAUCUCGAAAUAAUUGUCAUGUAACUGUUCUGAUGUCAAGAGUGAUUCCUGUUUUGUGACAAAGUUCUAUGUUCAAACAAAUAUGCAAUGAAGAAAAGGAUGAAAAAAUAUAGAUGCAGAUUUCUGAAUUGGCUCAGCUGAAAUCUGGUCACUGUUUGUGUGGUGCAAGGUGUCUGUAUAAAUGAGUGUCACUGUGGUGCGGUUUAAAGCUGUUACAUUUUUCAUUGGCUUUUGGAAUGAAUAAUUGUUGCUGCUCAUCUCAGUUUUAGUAGCAGAGAAACAAACAUAUUCACUGCCUGCACCAUAUCAGUGUAAAAGAUGCGUAAAAGGACAAGUGUAUUCGGUUGUGCUCAAAUACCAGACAGUGACCAUUGGUUUAGUUCCAAAAAUGAAGAUUAGAUGAAUAAAUACAUCAACGUAGAGAUCUCCUCAAAACAACAGUGAUCAGUGUUUCCAUAUCAGUCAGUGGAUUUUUUUGCACAUGGGGAAAAAAGAUCUUUAAUGAUUUUUUAAUUAACAUAUUCAGCAUAUUUUGUAAAGAUAGUGUACAGAUAUAACUUGGGCUUGAACAAAGAAAUGUUUGUGUGGUAACGAGGUUGCUGUCACAGUGAAAUGAACUAUGUGCCAACCUAAUGUCCUAACCAAAUCCACUGCUUCAUUUUGGGUAUUUCUAUGCAACAUGAAUUAUGCCUGGAUGCAUUUCUUCAGAGUUUGAAUAUAUAUAAAUAUAUAAAUCUUUUAAAUAUAAUUUUACUUUUAAUUUGACUUCUAUUGAAGAUAUAUAAAUACAUAUGUAUAAACUGUUUUGACAGUAGAUUUUGAGAAUAUGCACUUUAGUUAAAUUUCUGUUCCAAUGUGUUUUGGACUUUCCAUUAUGACUAUGUGAAAGUUAUUGCUACAUGGAAUACAGUGACCUGUGAAUUGUCCUGGGGAAAAAAGGCACUGCUUAAUCUAAAAUCUGAAAGAAAGAAAAAAAGAAAGAAAAAAAGAAAAAAAAAUCAUCCUUGUUGGUGCUUUACAAACUAUGAGAACCCACUUUUAAUGGCCAAUUAAAUCUCAUUGAAUCACUUGAAAAUCAUAAUUUUUUCGUCUAACGCUUUCCACGUGUGUAUCUGGAUUUCAAUCAAAAGCUGUGUCCCCUUUAAAUAAUGAUCGAAAUAUGGCUGUUGUCUCCUCUCUGUUGUGUCAGUGUAAUGUCCGCCUGGUUUGUUAUGCUGUAUUCCUGGGAACUAACAUGAUGAGUCUGAUGUAUUCAGUUGCAGUAAAUGGUUUGAAUGUGAUUUGAUUAUUUUUGAUUAUGUAAAUACAUAAGAUAUUUUCUAUAAGAAGAGGUUUGAAUAUUUAUUUGGUUUGACACUGAGCAUGUGCGUGUGAACUCAAGGUCAAAGUCCUGUCUGUACAUAUGUAUUUGUCUAAAUAUGUGAGCAAGUGAUCCAUGUGAUUAUCUGGAUGAUGUCAAUCAACCCAUAUCAGUCUCUCUAAUAAAAUCUGUGAAAUCUCACACAAUGAAUAUAAUGAGGUGAAAAAAGUACACAAAAUCAUCAAUGAAUUUCUAUGGUUUUACAUGGAUGUUGCAUGUUCUGCUAGAUGUCUGUUGAUAUUUUUGCCUACAGAUUCUGUUUAAAAAAGGAGAAAUGAGUACCUUUAUCUGAAAAUUGUAUGCUGACUUAAAAUGCUUGUAAAAUGAGUCUUGUUUUUUUUUUCACUUGUAAAAAUGAGAAAUUUAAUGUCAUGGUUUUAUGGUUGUCCAUAGGAUGUCAUGAAAUUAUGCAAAUUGUGCUGUAGAAAAAAAAAGAAAAGAAAGAAGAAAUAUGAAUAAAAUGUUCCCUAAAUCUAAUAAAUAUUAGAGAUUCUAUUGUAAAUGUAAAAAUGUGCCUUAAUUUCCUUAUUUAAUUUCACACAGAGGGCCUGUUUUUAUGUAGCAAUUAGGUUCA